AAUAAAAUAGGAAGAAGAAGAAUUAAACGCAACUCAAAAUCGGGGUCGUGUUUUCUUUCUCUCUGCUCCGUAGUGGCGCGCUCUCUCAUCUCAAAUCUCAAAAUGUUUGUUUCGUUUCAAAGCUUUUUUAAUUUUUAAUCCUAACAAAUUUCCAAGUCUCUCUUCUCUCCCUCACACAAACAGGAAGCCACAUAAAUGACACACUUUCUGCGCUGCAAGUAAAACCAUUAACUUAACCUCUCGUGUCAUUCGUAGGGUUCCGUAAAUUUUUCCAUUCCCUUCAUUUUCACUAGUGAUGAGCGACGCUUCUCAUUUUCAAUCACAACCUUCCAAUCCCGAUUCUCCAACACCUUCCGCGAGUGAACCUCACGCUAGGGUUUCUCCAAAUGAUAACUCCCAAUACCAACUCGUUUCUUCCACCGAAGAUUUUAAAGUUAGGGUUAGGGUUUCUCCCGACGACGCAUCUACCGUCGAACGAUUUGAAUCUCAAAACGACCAAACAAGUCGACGUCGUGAUUCCGAUAAAUUUCCAAGUUCUGAUAGCAAAUCGCUGUUAUCAGAAUUCGACGAAUACGUAGCUUCAGAGAGAAAUAGUGUAACACAAACGGAUCUAGGGUAUGGUUUUGAAGUUGGCGAUUUAGUUUGGGGGAAAGUGAAAUCUCACCCUUGGUGGCCAGGGCAUAUAUACAAUGAAGCAUUUGCAUCUCCAUCGGUUCGUCGCGCGAGGAGGGAAGGUCAUGUUUUGGUGGCUUUCUUCGGUGAUAGUAGUUAUGGUUGGUUUGAACCGGCUGAACUUAUUCCUUUCGACGCAAAUUUCGCCGAGAAAUCACAGCAGACGUUUUCAAGAACUUUUGUGAAAGCAGUGGAAGAGGCUGUUGAUGAAGCUAGUAGGAGACGCGGUCUUGGAUUGGCUUGUAAGUGUAGAAAUCCUGAUAAUUUUCGAUUGACGCAUGUUGAAGGAUAUUAUUCUGUUGAUGUGAUGGAUUAUGAACCUGGUGGGUUUUAUUCUGAUAGUCAGAUUAGGAAGGCUAGAGAUAGUUUUAAUCCGAUUGAAACUCUCGAUUUCGUUAGAGAGUUGGCCCUUACUCCCCUUGAUGGAGAGCAUGGGAGUAUUGGUUUUCUUAAUAAUAAGGCUACUGUUUCUGCUUAUCGAAAGGCCGUUUUUGAGCAACAUGAUGAGACUUAUGCACAGGCUUUUGGAGUUCAGCGGGCGCGCCCUUCUCGGCCUCAGAAUGUUCCCCUUAAUCAGCCUGCCAGGCAGCCUCCUAAAGCUCCUUUGAGUGGUCCAUUGGUGAUAGCAGAAACUUUGGGUGGUGGGAAAAGCGCUUCUAAAUCUAUUAAAUUUAAGGACAGUUCAAAAAAGGAUAGGUACCUUUUUAAGCGGAGAGAUGAUUCAAGUAACUCUUUCCAAUUAGCACACAGGGAAGAGGUACCUGAUGCAGCUGGGAGUUUUGUAUUUCAGAAGAGGGCUCCACUUGUGCCUGUGAUGCCUCGCAAUUUAGAAAGUCGUGCAGACACAGGGUUUGUUAGUCAUGAUGGUGCAAGUUCAACUUCAGAUGCUGUUGGUUUAAUAGGUCAGAUUCAAGCAGAAAAUAGUGGUCUUGUACCCCAAACCAUAUCCUUAGAUGCAAAGACUCAUCUUGAUAAGGGGAAAAUGGCCUAUUCUGAAGAAACGGCCCAUAGCAUUGAACAGGAUAAUAUUUCAAGUAAAAACAUGGGUAGGUCUGAUGUGUCUGGGGAGUUGCCAUUACAAAGCACUGUUGAUGUGAAUGCCAAACAUGACAGGACUGCAAAACUGUCAGAACCAUGUGAAGAUUUUAAGCAAUCAGAGCAAGGACUUCUUCUGACCGUUGUUGAUGGAGGAAAAGACACACACCAAGUUAAGAGCGAAAAUAAUGUAACUAAUUCACCAGUUGAAGCAAAGCAUCGCGAAAUUAGUGCAGUGAAGAAGAUAAAAGGCCAAAAGCGACCUGUAGAUGACUUGAACUCCAAGACUUCUGUUAUUGAGGAGAGAAAGAAAAAAAAGAAAAAGAAUCUAAACUUACAGCCGACGUCAGACCAUAUGGAGAAGCAUUCUACUUCUGGAAAAUCUGUACUCCUUUCAGGAAAUUUAAGUGGAAAACUUGUCUCGACCACUUUGUCUCCUAGAGAAGGGAUUCAUCCAGAACAAAUGCAGGUAGAUUUUAGUGCCCGUAAUUCACAACCCGUGGAUGCCUUAGGUGAUGUUAAUUUUGAAUUGCCACAACUUUUGUGUGAUUUGCAAACUCUUGCUUUGAAUCCUUGCCAUGGCAUUGAAAGAAAUGUCCCUGUAGCUGUUCGCCAAUUCUUCUUGCGGUUUAGAUCUCUUGUUUACCAGAAAAGCUUGGCAUCAUCUCCACCACCAGAGAAUGAAGCUCCAGAAGCCCGUGUUACCAAAUCUCCUUCCAGUGUCAGGAUAUCUGACAAUCCUGAGGAUCAUAUCAGAGCUUCACCACUUGUAACACCUGCAAAACAUGCUCGAUCAGAUGAUCCUUCAAAAUCUGGGCGGAAAAGGAACCCCUCUGAUCGCCAAGAAGAAAUUGCUGCAAAGAGGUUGAAGAAAAUCAAGGAUAUAAAGGCACUAGCUGCAGAUAAGACAGCUUCCAAUCAGAAAACUUCUGAAGCUCGGCGAGAAGAUAAGGCAGCUUCCAGUCAGAAAACAUCUUCUGAAGCUAGGCGAGAAGAUAAGGCAGCUUCCAGUCAGAAAACUAUUUCUGAAGCUCGGCGAGAAGAUGGAAAAGAACCUGUAUCCCAGGCUCCAUCCAAGUUUGUGAAACCAGACUCGGCCAAGAAAGUUUACCGACCAUCUAAAGCAGUUCAGCCCACCACAUUGGUGAUCAAGUUUCCUCCCCAAACAUCACUUCCAUCUGUGGCAGAGCUGAAGGCAAGAUUUGCUCGCUUUGGACCGAUGGAUCAAUCGGGUUUCCGUGUAUUUUGGAAGUCAUCAACUUGCCGUGUUGUUUUCUUGUACAAGGCUGAUGCACUAGCUGCAUAUAAAUUUUCUGAAGCAAACCAAUCCUUAUUUGGCAGCACAGGUGUGAGGUGCUUUCUUCGGGAAUUUGGAGAUUCUGCACCUGAAGCAUCUGAAGCUACCAAGGUUAAGGGAGAUGACGGGGUCAAUGAAACACCUCGGAUCAAGGAUCCUGCUGUAGUUCAGCAACAGACAUCAGUUUCAUCGCUGAAACCUCUUCUUCCACAGCCAACAAUCCAGCUCAAAUCCUGCCUGAAGAAAUCUACAGGUGACGAGUCAGGUCAGGUUACUGGUAAUGGAAGUAGUAGUAAAGGAAACCCACGUGUAAAAUUCAUGUUAGUUGGGGAAGAAAGUAGUAGGGGGGAGCCAUUAAUAGUGGGUAGUAAAAACAACAAUGCUAGUUUUUCAGAUGCUGGUGCACCUCCUAUUGCAAUGGAUUUUAUUAGUAAGAAUGUUCAAAAGGUCACUACCACUUCACAACCUCCUUUGCUCAUUCUUCCCCAUGCUUCUCAGUUUACUAAAACACCACAACAUAAUUUGCGUAAUCCUGAAUUGGCAAUGGCAUCUAGAAACAACCCUAAUUUUAUCAACGCCACCGCGUCAGCCACUGCAACCUCGGUUGAUAUAUCACAGCAGAUGAUAAGUCUUUUGACGAGGUGCAGUGAUGUUGUGACUAACCUGACGGGUUUAUUAGGCUAUGUACCAUACCAUCCACUUUGAAAAAAUGACUUAAUACUCAUUACAUCAUUUGUAUUCUAUACAAGAAUUUGCGAGUUGGAUGUUUUCGAUGAUUUGCUCCGGAAAAUGCAAGAAAUGUAUUGGUGAAGAGGGUGCGAGUAAUAUCGAGGCCUAGAACAAACAAUACGAUAGUGGCAUUAUUAGUUUAGAUUUUUGGGCUCCAAAAAUGUAAAUGCACCCUCGUAUUCAUAGCGGCAUCUUGUUGUUAGCUACCUUUCCUUUUCUUUUUUUCUUAUAUAUUUAGAUCCCUUUUGUUUGGUAUUGGCUCAUCGUUGCUCAAAUAUGCUUAUGUAUUUACUCACCAGUAUUUCUGUGUCAAUGGCAUCCUAUGAAUAUCUCGGAAAGGCUUUUUAUUGUUGUCAAUCCAUCAACUAUUUUUUUUUUA